AUGAGCGGCGAGGAAAAAGCUCGCACUGCAAUCGCUGAGAUCGUCGAUUCAGUGCCAGGAGCGCAACUGACACCCAUUCAAAUGGACCUUGCAUCUUUGGCAUCCGUCAAAGAGGCCGCAAACAAGGUUCUCGCGACAACCGCCCGUCUCGAUGUCCUGAUGAACAAUGCAGGCAUCAUGGCUGUGCCGCCUGCAACCACGGUCGACGGCUACGAGAUACAGUUCGGCACGAACCACAUGGGCCACGCGCUCCUCACGAAAUUGCUCCUGCCACUCCUCCUAAAGACUGCCGAGCAGCCCCGCUCAGACGUCCGUAUAGUCACCCUUACAUCGCACUCGCACACUCGAGCCCCUGAAGGCGGCAUCGACUUCUCAAGGUUGCAUUGCGCUGACCCCAGGUCCUCACCCUUGACCAAGUACGGGGUGUCGAAGCUGGCGAACAUUCUGCACGUUAAGCAGCUUGCGAAACGUUAUCCGAGUAUCAAAACAGUGGCUAUACAUCCAGGCAUGGUGAAUACCAAUCUCAGCACGACUAUGAGACAGAGUUUUAUUCUGGCCCGGAUACUCAUGCCCAUCGUAUCUUACUUCUCGGCCGCAGGCAUCGAAAAGGGCGUCUUGAACCAGCUGUGGGGGACGACCAGCGCUGAGGCAGAGAGUGGGCAGUACUAUGAGCCCGUGGGUGUUGGCGGUAAUGGAUCGCCGCCUACUGAGGAUGUGGAGCUGGCUGAGAAGCUGUGGGCGUGGACUGAGGAGGAGAUGGCGGGCUGGGAAAUGCAAGCUAAAUUGUAA